AUGUCUGGUCGCGGGAAAGCGAGGAAGCCUGCGGGAGGAAAAAAACACACUAAAUCGACUCGCGCGGGUCUUGUCAUGCCUGUCAGUCGUGUACAUCGCUACCUUAAGAAAGGGAGGUAUGCAAGACGUACGUCCAUCGCCGCGUCUGUUUACAUGUCUGCUGUUAUUGAGUACCUGGUUGCUGAAGUGAAUGAGCUUUCAGGGAACGCGGCCAAGGCAAACAAACGUGCACAUUGUUCUCCUUGUAUCUUGGUGCUUUAUUUUUAUCUUAACGUCUCUUACGUGAACAGAUUCCAAGGUGAUGAGCUAACCGUGUGUUCUCUGCUUUUCAGAAAAACCAUUACACCUCGCCACAUAAUGCUGGGAGUACGCAACGAUGCGGAAUUGAAUGAAUUGUUGAAGCAUGUUCACAUCAGUCACGGUGGCGUUCUUCCUUGCAUACAUCCAACCCUUCUGAAACGCAAAGGAGGUUUGAGUGAUUCAUCAAGUGGUCCAAUCGGUUCUAGCGUGCCCAAUCCUGGUGUUUCUGCUCGCCAGGCAGCCACCACAGCUACUGCCGGAGCCGUUGGUACUGCUUAG